GAAGCGCCUGUGUUGUGGGACUCAGCCGGUUCAGUCCCUGGCUGUUUGCAGCGCCUUGCUUCCCACCUUAGGUUGCUGCAUUUGCAGGGGGUGCAAUGGGCGAAGCGGAGAAGUUUCACUACAUCUACAGUUGUGACCUGGAUAUCAACGUGCAGCUUAAGAUAGGAAGUUUGGAAGGGAAGAGAGAACAAAAGAGUUAUAAAGCUGUUCUAGAAGACCCAAUGUUGAAGUUUUCAGGAUUGUACCAAGACACAUGCUCUGACCUUUAUGUUACUUGUCAAGUUUUUGCAGAAGGGAAGCCUCUGGCCUUGCCGGUGAGAACAUCCUACAAGGCAUUUAGUACAAGAUGGAACUGGAAUGAAUGGCUAAAACUGCCUGUGAAAUACCCAGACCUGCCCAGGAAUGCCCAAGUGGCCCUGACAAUAUGGGAUGUGUAUGGACCAGGAAAGGCAGUGCCUGUGGGUGGAACGACAGUUUCUCUCUUUGGAAAAUAUGGCAUGUUUCGCCAGGGGAUGCAUGACUUGAAAGUCUGGCCUAAUGUAGAAGCAGAUGGAUCAGAACCCACCAAAACUCCUGGCAGAACAAGCAGUACUCUCUCAGAAGAUCAGAUGAGCCGUCUUGCCAAGCUCACCAAAGCCCAUCGACAAGGACACAUGGUGAAAGUAGAUUGGCUGGACAGAUUGACAUUUAGAGAAAUUGAAAUGAUAAAUGAGAGUGAAAAACGAAGUUCUAAUUUCAUGUACUUGAUGGUUGAAUUUCGAUGUGUCAAGUGUGAUGAUAAGGAAUAUGGUAUUGUUUAUUAUGAAAAGGAUGGUGAUGAGUCAUCUCCAAUUUUAACCAGCUUUGAGAUAGUGAAAGUUCCUGACCCUCAGAUGUCUAUGGAGAAUUUAGUUGAGAGCAAACACCACAAGCUUGCCCGGAGUUUAAGAAGUGGACCUUCUGACCAUGAUCUCAAACCUAAUGCUGCCACAAGAGAUCAGCUAAAUAUUAUUGUGAGUUAUCCACCAACCAAGCAACUUACAUAUGAAGAACAAGAUCUUGUUUGGAAGUUCAGAUAUUAUCUUACUAAUCAAGAAAAAGCUUUGACAAAAUUCCUGAAAUGUGUUAAUUGGGCUCUCCCUCAGGAGGCCAAGCAGGCAUUGGAACUUCUGGGGAAAUGGAAGCCCAUGGAUGUAGAGGACUCCUUGGAGCUGUUGUCCUCCCAUUACACUAACCCAACAGUCAGGCGUUACGCUGUCGCCCGGCUGCGACAGGCGGAUGACGAGGAUUUGUUGAUGUACCUAUUACAGCUGGUCCAAGCUCUCAAAUAUGAAAACUUUGAUGAUAUAAAGAAUGGGUUAGAACCUACCAAGAAGGAUAAUCAGGGUUCAGUGUCAGAGAGUGUGUCCAGUUCUGGAAUAAAUUCUACAGAAAUAGAUAGCUCCCAAAUUAUAAGCAGCCCUCUUCCUCCAGUGUCUUCCCCUCCUCCUGCAUCUAAAACAAAAGAAGGUUCAGAUGGUGAAAAUCUGGAGCAAGAUCUCUGCACCUUCUUGAUAUCAAGAGCCUGCAAAAACUCAACACUGGCUAAUUAUUUAUACUGGUAUGUGAUAGUGGAAUGUGAAGAUCAAGAUACUCAACAGAGAGAUCCAAAGACCCAUGAGAUGUACCUGAACGUAAUGAGACGGUUCAGCCAAGCAUUGUUGAAGGGUGAUAAGUCUGUCCGAGUUAUGCGUUCUUUGCUGGCUGCACAGCAGACGUUUGUAGAUCGGCUGGUGCACCUCAUGAAGGCAGUGCAGCGGGAAAGCGGAAAUCGUAAGAAAAAGAACGAGAGACUACAGGCAUUGCUUGGAGACAAUGAAAAGAUGAACUUGUCAGAUGUGGAGCUUAUCCCAUUGCCUUUAGAACCCCAGGUGAAAAUUAGAGGAAUAAUCCCAGAAACAGCUACAUUAUUCAAGAGUGCCCUUAUGCCUGCACAGUUAUUCUUUAAGACAGAAGAUGGAGGCAAAUAUCCAGUUAUAUUUAAGCAUGGGGAUGAUUUACGCCAAGAUCAACUUAUUCUUCAAAUCAUUUCCCUCAUGGACAAGCUGCUACGGAAAGAAAAUCUGGAUUUGAAGUUAACACCCUAUAAAGUAUUAGCCACUAGUACAAAACAUGGCUUCAUGCAGUUUAUCCAGUCAGUUCCUGUGGCUGAAGUUCUUGAUACGGAAGGAAGCAUUCAGAACUUUUUUAGAAAAUAUGCACCAAGUGAGAAUGGGCCAUAUGGGAUCAGUGCUGAGGUCAUGGACACUUAUGUCAAAAGCUGUGCUGGAUAUUGUGUGAUCACAUAUAUACUCGGAGUUGGAGACAGACACCUGGAUAACCUUUUGCUGACAAAAACAGGCAAACUCUUCCACAUAGACUUUGGAUAUAUCUUGGGCCGGGAUCCGAAGCCUCUUCCUCCUCCAAUGAAGCUGAAUAAAGAAAUGGUGGAAGGAAUGGGGGGCACGCAAAGUGAGCAGUACCAGGAGUUCCGUAAACAGUGUUACACGGCUUUUCUCCACCUUCGAAGGUAUUCUAAUCUGAUUUUGAACUUGUUUUCCUUGAUGGUGGAUGCAAACAUUCCCGACAUUGCUCUUGAACCAGAUAAAACUGUGAAAAAGGUUCAGGAUAAAUUCCGACUAGACCUGUCCGAUGAAGAGGCGGUGCAUUACAUGCAGAGUCUGAUUGAUGAAAGUGUCCAUGCUCUGUUUGCUGCUGUGGUGGAACAGAUUCACAAGUUCGCCCAGUACUGGAGAAAAUGAAACUGGGUUGACCUAUCAAGAUGCUUGGCUUGUAAGAAAACUACUUUAGAUGCCAUCUGUGUAGAAUGAAGACUUGAGAGUAACAAGCAAAAAAGAGAACAUUUUAAUCUCCAAGAUACCAUCUACCCUAAUUGUUACACGGUGGCUGAAUUAAGUUUCUAUGGAUGUCAUUGCUUAAAUAUGGUCUUGAAGAGUUUGUUUUGAAAUAUUGUAUAUAUUUAUUUUCAAAUGUACAGAUUGCUAAUAAACUUAAGAAGUGAGAAGCUUGUUCCAGGAUCAUGUACGUAUGAGAGUUCUGGAGGAAUUUUAUGUUGAAAUAGUAAAACACUGUAGUCUUUGAGUUUGAAACAUUCUGUUUUCCCUCAUCUCUUCACAUCUGGAAAGCAGUUAAUUAUAUGAAUUUGGGUUAAUUGUCUCAGUUCUGAAAAGGUCUUCCUUUGUUUUUUCUACCCCCGCCUACCCCCCCCCCCCAGUAUUUGUUUUGGCCUGAUUUACAAUACUUAAAGAUUUACAUGGUAUAUCACUCUUUCUUUUACAGUUCAAGAAUUGUAUAUAUUUCAAAUAAAACAUUCAUUUUCUCUUAUAAAUAUUGUUUUGUUUUGAAACCUAUAGUUCACAGUUCUUUUAAGUUGUAAAUACAUAAAGCAGGACAUGAAAAUGCAGCCAUAUUUGGAUAACUGGACAAAUAGAAAUACAAGAACAGCUUUUGGGAUUGAGCCUGAGAUAUUUUUACAUGUACGUGUUAAGCAUAGAUUGUCUUUCUGAAAUAAAAUUUUUUU